GGCACAGCUGGUUGUGUCAUCCAGUAUCAGCUGGAGAACGGUGCUUGUAGGCUUUCCUGUCCACCGUGAUCGGAAACGAGGUGAAUUGCCUGACCUAUGGAGCAAAUGUUCAUCCCCGCGUCCGGAGUUCCUUACUAAUAAAUAGAGAGUGAAAGGGAUAGAAUGAGAAAAGGCAACGAGAGAGAGAGAAUAAUUUGUGCUUCUGCGUUUGAGUUUAGUGAAGUUGUGACAGUUUACAAACGCUAAAUGGAUUUCCACUUUCAUUGCACUCUCUAACAACGAGAGAGAGAGAGAGAGAGAGAGAGAGAGAGAGAGAGAGAGAGAGAGAGAGAGAGAGAGAGAGAGCGAGAGAGAGAGAGCGAGGGUGCGCGCGUCAAAGGUACAUCCAGCGUCUGUGAGAAGAGUCGCAGCGUCCUCCUCGAGCCGAAGUUUGAUCUCUGCGCGCAGAGGAAGGAUUCUAAUUCCACAAGUACGAUGCGUCAUCGGAAGUGUUUUGGAUAUGUAUGUACCGCUGUUUACCUGUGGACGGCGUUCUGCUUUAAAGGUUGUGUUGGUGGUCAGUACCAGCGGAAGCUGUACAAGGAUCUGUUGACUAACUAUAACCGUCUGGAGAGACCAGUGUUCAACGACUCAGCUCCUAUACUGGUGGAACUGGGCUUCACACUGUUACAGAUCAUAGACGUGGAUGAGAAGAACCAGGUUCUGAUGACCAACGCCUGGCUGCAGCUGCACUGGACAGAUACUUACCUCUCCUGGAACCCAGAGAACUUCCCAGGUGUUCAGAACCUUCGUUUCCCCUCCAAUCAGAUCUGGGUUCCUGAUAUCCUCCUCUACAACAGUGCAGACGAGAGGUUUGACGCUACCUUCCACACCAAUGUCCUGGUCAACUCCUCUGGGUCCUGCCAGUACAUUCCACCAG